CAGCCGCACCUAAGCAAAAAUCAACCUCAGUCUUCAGGUAGCCAAAAGCGGCCUCUUCCACAAUAACCUUGCCCUGUUCAUCCCCUGAGUUCUGGAUCGCCUCCCAAGCUUCAACUCCGGUGUGGUUUAUGAAGCUUGCAAAAGGGAGCGAUUAGUUAAGUUAUGGAACUCGAGUCGCCUUCGGCGUAACCCUCGACAAGCGAGUUCAAGCACCAACCCUUGAAGGAUUCCAAAUCGUCAGUACGACUCCUCAAACUCAAAACACCCGUCGUGGGCGCAGCCGGCAAACCUGAUCCCGUCAGGUUCCAGCUCAUCGAGGCCACGCUCAAAAACGCGCCUCGAUAUUGGGCUUUAUCCUACGCCUGGAAUGACGAGUUGCCAACCAAGCUGGUCUACUGCAACAACCAAAAGCUCCUCAUCACGCCCAACUGCGCCGCCCCCCUACGCCAGCUCACCUCAGAGAGAAUUCAUCAGGUCCGCCUCAUGUCCGACAUCUACUCGUCGGCCGCCCAUGUCAUCGUCUGGCGGUUCUACACGCUCUUCCCUCCUUACAUCUUUGACGACUGCGAUGCCUUAGGCGCCGUGCUCAAGGCCUCGUGGAACACUCGGGUGUGGGCGCUGCAAGAGGUUGUGCUCGCUAGGCGGGCAACGGUCCGGGCAGGGCCUGGAGCUGUCCGGUGGUCAAAACUCGAGCGGCUCGCCAACGUCAACACGGCUAAGAACGCCGUGUCCGGGUUUACGCGAUACCCGGGGGACGCGUUUGCUCGGUGCGGGCGGUGACGGCACUGCG